CGUGCCGGUUCCGCCGCCGAGGCUCCGGGCCGGUUCCCGCCCGCCGCUCGCCCGCCCGCCCGGCGGGGCUAUGAGGCCGUAGGGUCCGCGGGCCGGAGCUGCCUUCCGCCGCCAGCAUGUUCGGCCGCUCCCGCAGCUGGGUGGGCGGCGGGCACGGGAAGGCCGCCCGCAGCAUCCACUCCUUGGACCACCUCAAGUACAUGUAUCAUAUUUUGACUAAAAAUACGACAGUUACAGAUCACAACCGCAACCUGCUGGUGGAGACCAUCCGCUCUAUAACGGAGAUCCUGAUCUGGGGGGAUCAGAAUGACAGCUCAGUGUUUGACUUUUUCUUGGAGAAGAAUAUGUUUGUGUUCUUCCUGAACAUCCUGCGUCAGAAGUCAGGUCGUUACGUGUGUGUGCAGCUGCUGCAGACUCUGAACAUCCUUUUUGAGAACAUCAGCCAUGAAACAUCCCUGUACUACCUGCUCUCUAAUAACUACGUGAAUUCUAUUAUUGUCCACAAAUUUGACUUUUCUGAUGAGGAGAUCAUGGCAUAUUACAUAUCAUUUUUGAAAACUCUUUCCCUGAAACUCAAUAAUCAUACUGUACAUUUCUUUUAUAAUGAGCACACUAACGACUUUGCUUUGUACACUGAAGCUAUUAAAUUUUUUAACCACCCCGAAAGCAUGGUCAGGAUUGCUGUUAGGACUAUAACUUUAAAUGUCUACAAAGUGGACAACCAGCCUAUGCUGCAUUACAUUCGAGAUAAAACUGCAGUUCCUUAUUUCUCCAACCUUGUCUGGUUUAUUGGCAGCCACGUGAUAGAACUGGAUAACUGCGUGCAGACUGAUGAAGAGCACAGAAAUAGGGGCAAACUGAGUGACCUGGUAGCAGAACAUCUUGAUCAUUUGCAUUACCUUAAUGAUAUCCUUAUCAUUAACUGUGAAUUUUUAAAUGAUGUGCUGACAGACCACCUACUUAAUAGGCUCUUUCUUCCCCUCUACGUGUAUUCAUUAGUAAAUCAAGACAAGGGUGGAGAGCGUCCAAAAAUAAGUCUCCAGGUUUCUCUCUAUCUUCUUUCUCAAGUUUUUCUGAUUAUACAUUAUGCUCCCUUGGUGAACUCCUUGGCUGAGGUUAUACUCAAUGGGGACCUCUCAGUGUUUUCUUCUAAGGUUGAGCAAGAUAUACAGAAAAACUCAGCAAAGUCAAGUAUCAGAUGCUUCAUAAAACCCACAGAAACACUUGAGAGGUCUCUUGAAAUUAACAAACAGAAAGGGAAGAAGAGGGUGCAGAAAAGACCCAACUAUAAAAAUGUUGGUGAAGAAGAUGAAGAGGAGAGAGGAUCUGAAGAUAACCAAGAUGACCUUGAUAAAAGUAAAGGUACAGAAGCAAGUUCAAAGGGCAUAAGAACAAGCACUGAAAAUGAAGAAAUAGAGAUGGUAAUCAUGGAGAGAUGUAAGCUGUCAGAACUGUCUAUAUCUGCUGUGACAGAACAGAAUACAACAGAUGAAGAAAAGAGUGCAGCUGCUUCUGGGAGUGAGAUGACAAACUGGAACAGGCCUUUUCUUGAUAUGGUCUAUAAUGCGCUGGACUGUCCUGAAGAUGAUUACUAUGCCCUCUUUGUGCUCUGUCUUUUAUAUGCAAUGUCACACAACAAAGGACUUGACUCAGUCAAGCUGGAGAGAAUUCAACUUCCAGCUCAACAUGCUGAAGAGAGAAAUUCAUAUAAUCAUGUCCUUGCAGAAGGGCUCAUCAGGAUAAUGAAUUAUGCUGCACAACCAGAUGGAAAAAUUCGUUUGGCAACGUUAGAACUUGGCUGCCUACUGCUGAAGCAGCUUGUGUUUUCCAAAAAUGGCAGGAUCAUAAAAAGUGUUCACCUUGAUUGUCUUGAGGGUGCAAGGGAGGAAAGUGUUCAUCUCCUUCGUCGUUUCUAUAAGGGAGAAGAAAUCUUUCUGGAUAUGUUUGAAGAUGAAUACCGGAGUAUGACAAUGAAACCUAUGAAUGUAGAAUACUUGAUGAUGGAUGCCUCGAUCUUGCUACCCCCAACGGGGACACCUCUGACCGGGAUUGACUUUGUGAAAAGGUUGCCUUGUGGAGAUGUAGAAAGAACACGAAGAGCAAUCAGAGUUUUCUUUAUGCUCCGUUCACUGUCACUGCACUUGCAAGGUGAGCUGGAAACUCAGUUACCACUCACGAGGGAGGGAGAUCUGAUAAAGGCAGAUGAUGUUUUGGAUUUGAAUAACAGUGAUCUGAUUGCUUGUACAGUCGUAACAAAGGAUGGGGGCCAAGUUCAAAGAUUCCUGGCUGUGGAUAUUUACCAGAUGAGUUUGGUUGAACCAGAUAUUGCCAGACUUGGAUGGGGAGUGGUUAAGUUUGCAGGCCUUCUGCAGGAUAUGCAGGUGACUGGAGUAGAGGAUGACAGCAGAGCCCUGAACAUAACCAUUCACAAGCCUGCCUCAAGCCCUCAUUCAAAGCCCUUCCCCAUCCUCCAGGCCACGUUUAUUUUUGCAGAUCACAUUCGCUGCAUCAUCGCCAAGCAGCGCCUGGCCAAAGGCCGCAUCCAGGCUCGGCGCACCAAAAUGCAGAGAAUAGCAGCUCUCCUGGAUCUUCCUGUUCAGCCUUCAACUGAAGUUAUGGGUUUUGGACACAGCUCUGGAGCUGCAGCCCAGCACCUCCCAUUUAGAUUCUAUGACCAGUCCCGGCGUGGGAGCAGUGACCCGACAGUGCAGCGCUCUGUCUUUGCAUCUGUUGACAAAGUCCCAGGCUUUGCUGUAGCCCAGUGCAUAAAUCAGCACAAUCCAUCCCCACUCUCGUCACCAUCCCCUUCCAGUGGCAGUGGCAGUACAGGGCGCUGUGACUCAGUGACUGCAAGCUCGACAUCCACUCCUUCUGCUGCUCAGAGCCCAGCAGGUCUGGCAGGAAAGGACGCCGGCGGGUGUUUAGUCUGUCGGAGGCUGACAGUCACGGUGGACACUGGGUUUAGGCCUUCCAGCAGCAGCUGCAGCAGAAACUCCCGCAAUACCCACUCAGAUGAUGCUUCAGCUCCGGAGCAGCCUCUGACGGCCAGUUCUGGUCAGACAAUGUUGACUGAUGAAACUCUUUCAGCUGUUUCAAAGUCCAGCAAAAAUGCUGUAAAAACCAGUGACACAGAAACAGCCAACCUGUCUCCCAGCCUGAUUCCUGCACAGCAGCCCACGAUAUCCUUAAUCACAGAUGACAACACGGACACGCUGAGCGUGGAGUCGCUCACACUGGUGCCACCAGUUGAUCCACACAGCAUUCGAACAUUCAGCUGCAUUCCUCAGGCCUCUUUGCAGUCUGAAGCUGAAGUUGACAAGGUGAAAGAGGUAGAGGAAGAAUGUUCUGACUAAAGCCACUGUAAUAAACAGUGAAGGAAGUGCAACCAAAUUGUGAUUUGUUUUUUCUUUGGGAGUGCAGAUACUUCUGGAGGCCUGAAAGGCCUCAGGUCCACACGAAGGGACCAAGUGGUGACAGAGAAUGUCAGCAGGUUUUAGAGCCAACAUUGGAUACUCAGCAUAUCUGAACUGGAGAAGAAAGAAAAACCCAAACUUGUGAAUCUGGGUUGGUUCUUUCCUACCAGUUUCUGUUAUACAAGAACAUGAACAUAUUUCAGAGGAUCUACUGUCUUUCUAAUAGGAACUAAUUAAUUAUAAAAGGUCUACAGUAUUAUGACAAAGUGACAAGACUUUUGGAUACCCAGAUUCAUGGUACUGCAUUAUUAUGUCUCUGAAAUGGGAGACAUGCCAUUGACCAGAAAAAAUUAUAUAAUAUAGGACAGAGGUAAAACUUCCAUUUGAGUCAGGGUGGUUUUUAUUCAGUUUGGUGUUUGGUUUGGGGUUUUAUUUGUGGAAGAGGGAUUUUGGGGUUUUAUUUGGGUUGGUUUUUUUUUGGUUAGUUGUUGGUUUGUUUUUUUUUUUAAAUCCUGAUCUUGUUCAUCUUUUGGAGGUCUGCACAAUACCAGCAGGCUUGGCCACAUUCAGUAUUGUCUUUGUAGGACUCCAGACUUAAAUAUUAUGUUUUCCUUAUGUAAUAUUUAUUUCAAGGUUUGAUUGAAAUUUAAAACACAAUGCUUGUUCAAAUUAACAUAAGGGAUUCUUGAGACUACUUUAGUCUUUGCUUAGCUGCCUAGAGAGGAAUGUAAAAUAUUUUAAAAGAUUGCUAUGGCUUGUUUGUUCACUUCUGACAGUCAAAUUGCUACACAUCUGAGGAAUGGUGAUAUCCCUGCAACUGAAAGACAACUUCAAGAAGCAGACAGAAGCAGUUUCACUCUAAAGAGGUUUUUCAAAUUUUUCAUAGUCAUGUAGGAAGAAGGUCAGCAUAUCAAACUGAUAAUUCCUUUGCAAGUCUGAUCUCAAAAGGUAUUUUAGUUUUUUAUUUUCCUGUCUGGGAUAGUAUCCAGUUAAACAAAAUUGCUACAUAAAAGUGAUUCUGAGUUAACAUUACUUCCUAGAUCCUGACACCAAGUUGACAGAAAAGGGAAAGAUGUUUAUUAAAAUUUGGAAUGUUCUUUGCUGAUUUGAUACAUAAUUUAACAUGAAAGGAAUUUAAGAUUUUUCAUCAAUUUCCAAGUAAGUUAAUUUAAAUUAAUAGUAAAAUGAGUAGCUUGUCAGUGCUGGUCUGUUCUUAACACUGAGUUGGCAAUUCCCCAAAGGAGGACUGCUGUUUACUUGGUAUUGAUUUCAGUCACCACUGCAAUCUGUUUCCUCAUUCUGUCUCUACUGGCAUUGAAUUCUUACCAAAUGGGUAAAGUUUUUAUCCACUUCCCAGUUGCUUAUUGUACCAUUUCCUGGCUGUCCUAGGGAAUACUGGAAGUGAUUUUUCAGUGAUAAAUGUGUAUAUGUAUGUGUGUGUGUGCAUAUAUAUAUAUAUAUAUAUAUGAGAUUGACUAAUUCACAGGUACCACUUUUCUCACUUUUUCUGUCUUCUCCUUCACAUAAUAAUUGAAUCUUUGGCAACUGGGUAUAUGAGGUGUCUGCUACUGAAUGCCAGUAUUUUUUCCCCCCUAUUAACUUUUUCAUGCAGUUUUGAUUUCUAAUUUUCUGGGACUUCUACUUUCUCUCAGAUUGAAUGAACUGAUACUCUGACCAUUCCAGAGGGGCCCAAACUCUAAAUGAACUCAAGAGUUAGGUGUCCUCAGUACUGCAGUGGAUUUUGUGUGAAAAUCUGGCAUUACUAGAAUAAGAGCCUGCUUUUUGGGUUUUUUGGUCUCAUGCUUAAGAUGAAUUGGUACUCAUGCAGUCACUGCACAAGCCUAGACACAUCAGUAGCAAUCUGGGCACAAGGACCACAUGAUUUUUUAUUAGCUGAACUGAUUGCAGUCUAGACUUUCUCUAAAAUGGUUCAGCAUUACACUGUAGUCUCAGUAAUAUUCUGAAGACCAUUAUAAAAAAUGCCUCACUUAAUUAGAAAGCAUUUUAUGUUAGUUAUUAACCUUAAAUUCUUGACCUAGAUUACACAAAAUACCACUGUGCAGGCUGAGUUCCCUUAAAUAGAAUUCACUUUAGACUGGAAAACCUUGAUCUUAAUUUAUCACAUUUCAAAUUCACUUCUAGCAAGAUUCAUAUGCAUAUUCAAUGCAUAUGAAUAAUCUCACCCCUGAGCUGUACUGCGCAAGAAAUGGGUCAAAGGGAAAGAAAGGUGACUUUGUGCUUUUCAUUACCUUUGAGUGGCUUUUAAAUUUCGUGAUCACUUGUCUUCACAGGAAAUGACUUAGAUACUGUUAUUAGGAAAAUAAAAGAAUAGGUGUGCUGUUAAUUUGCCUGUGUCCCCUCUGGAGUAAAGCCUGUUUCUGAGAUCCAGCCUAAACCCGCUCCCACUCAGCUCCAGCCGUUUCCUAAUUAAGCAGUAAGAUGUGAGUGACUGUAAUUUCCAUGCUUACUGCAAGUGUUUGGGGUGAUUACUUCAAGCAAUCCAGGAAUUCAGUAAUUGCCCUGGAACUGUGUCAUUUCACUAGCAGUAAAAUAAACUUUAUGCUUGAAGAUGGAGGUAAGCUAUCAGACAAGCAGGUCAAACUGUGUGUGUAAGGAUGAAGGCACUUCCUAAGAGUAGACACUUCACUGACGUGGUGCUGUCACUCUGGGAUAGUGCUGUCACUCAGUCGCUUCCCUGCAGGAGCUCCAGAAUAGUCUCAGGAGCAGUGGCACUGACCACCAGGAAGUAGCAGUCAGAAAAUCCCCACCAAGCAAAACGUUCUGCUCUUGUCUCCACUAACCAGCUGAAGUUAAACUUGCUUUUAAAAGAGCAUUGCCCAGGCAAGCAGCUGCUGUCUGGGAAAAUAAAUUGUUUAGUCCUGUAGUUGAAUCAGAGAUCUGCAGAGACAUCAGCUGGGGGCAGGGAGAUUAAGGCCUUUUGCCUCCAAGCUAAUUUAGUCUUCUUCUUUCAGACAGCCUAAUGUAGCCAUCUAAAUAUACAUUGAAAAUUCUCUUCUUAAUUGCUACUGUCUAUCUUCUUGAAAGAGUUUUUUGGUGUGUCCCUGGUUCACCACCUCUGCCCUACCCUAAGAUAUCAUUCACUUGGGCACUACUCUCUAUUAUCUAGCAAUCUUUGGAGAAGUUCUCCUGUGUUUGCCUGCUGUGUUUCUCUUGACCUUUCCCAACAUUUGCAGCAUGAAUUAGAAACAAAUAGAAUAACUCUUCCCAUCUCCUAUUGGAUUCUGAAAAGCAGAGGGGGAUCCAAGCAGGGCUUGCUAGGGUGGGAUGUUUUUAGGGGUUGGGAGGGGAAUAGUUCUUGGGGGCUUUUCUGCUGCUAGUUACUUGAGCAGCAACAAAGACAUAGGAGAUGCAGUUCUUGACUGAGUCUCAAACAGAGGGUUCUUUCAUAUGGAAACAUAUUUUUAUAUUACAUUUGUACAGAAUUUUCCCUAUUUUGAUCUCCCAGCAUUUUUAGAUUUGCACGUUGCUCAGAUUUGAUUUCUUUUGCAAGGUGUUAUAAAAUAUAUAUUUUGUGUUUGUUAAUGUAUUAUAAAUGUAAAGCUAAAUUUUGGUUGUCUAAUAAAUGUGCACUGUGGUGGUAUCUGGAUUAUUGUUUUGCUAACUUGAAUUGAUUGGUUCUUAAUAUGAAAAGGAAAAACUUGUCAUUGUUGGGACUGUCUUGUUAGAAUAAAUAAAUGCGUGGAGUGCAUUUAUUUUAAAAGUAACUAAAAAUGGCUUAAGCAGGUAAUGACUAAGAAUACUUGAUAACAAAAGUUAAGGUCCAGAGUAGUUCACAGGAUUCUUUUAAGAUCAUAAUCUGAAGAUUCAUGAGAUUUGUUUUUUAAUCUUGUUUCCCAUUACUUUUGGUUAUGGAUGCUCAUGCUAAAGUAAGUUUAAGACACAUAGUAAUUGCAAUCUGAUAGUAUGUAUAAGAAGAUCUGAGGGUUAGUGUUUGUCUUUAUUUAAAGACUAACUGUGGCAAAAGUAUUUACAAUGAACAUGAAGAUAUUUUUUUUUAAGAUUGAGAAUAGAUUCAAGUGUGCAAAUUUAUAGACUAUUACAAUGUCUAGGAGCUUUGUUUUGCCCAGGGACAGCACUAGCUAUACAUUGUCACAAUUUCAGGAAACCCUCUGGAAGCAUUAUAAAAUUUAGAAGAUAAUUUUAGGCAUCUCCACUUGUGAAUAGUUGUGUUGAUAUUUUUGUUGCAAACUUUUUCCUUCAUUUUUAGCUGCUUUGUAAGUUUGUUUUCAGUGCAAAGAGGUAGAAAUGUAUUUUUCUAGAAGAAUGAAUGUACCUGGGAUUUAAGCACUACAAAAAGCAUUUAAUGAACAUGGACUAUCCUCCUAUGAAAUAUAUUUCAGUAAAGUUGUCUGAAAUGUAGUUCAUUUGAGAAAAAAAGUCCUGAACAUGCACUUAUAUUUACAUGGAAAAAAGCCCAAAUAUGUUGUGAAUUGAAUUCUGAAAUGUCUUUCUACAGGCAAUAAGUAUUAAUUAUUUAAAGUAAGUUAUGUUAGACAUUUGGAGUUAAUGUGAUAUCUUAUGUUAAUUUAAAGAACAAUGUAACUAAGUGUCUGGGAAGGGAGUGGAGUUAGAAAACAUUGGUGUAUGUUUCUGAAAUCCAGACUUCUGAGUCUUUAUUUGCUGGCGUUGAGAAUUUGUCGUGGCUGUUGAAAACCUGGACAAGAGCAAGGAAUAGACCUUUCUUUGUAAAUGGAACUUGGCAAUAAAAAUGGUGUUACUAAGAAAA